AUGGCUAUCAACUCCACCUCUGCAGCUAAACAUGGUCAGUGCCUAUCCAAGACGUCGUGGAGGUGCGCAACGGGGAGCGUCACCGCCACGCACAACUUCCAGGUGACCAACUUCUCGCAGCUCUUCGGCAUGGGCAUCGGCAAGUACGUUAGCUCGAGCGCCUUCAGCGUGGGCGGUUGCGACUGGAGGAUCAACUUCUACCCUGACGGGAACAACACGGAGAAUAAUGGUGCUUAUGUAUCGGCGUUCUUGUAUUUUCUGAGAGGAACAGCAUGUGUGACGGUUGAAUUGAGUUUGAGUUUACUGGGAAAAGAUGAUCAAGUGUCGGAACAGGAAACGUGCACACCGACCUUUCCGUCGGUCGGUGCCGACUGGGGCUGGCCCCAGUUCAUCGAGAAAUCCAAACUGCAAGAGUUGCUGCGUCUCAACGGUGAUCGCUUCACAAUCAGGUGCGUUAUGACCGUAAAAGAAGUGCCUGGCACUGAAGAAGGAAGCGCCAUUGUAGUUCCACAGCCAAAGCUGCACCAAGAUCUCUCACACAUGUUGAAGAACGGGGAAGGCGCAGAUGUGACUUUCAGUGUGGGCGCCCAAUUGUUCCCUGCUCACAAGUGCAUGCUGGCCGCACGGUCCGCGGUGUUCAAGGCGGAGUUCUUCGGCGCAAUGAAGGAAAGGGAUGAUCAGUGCAUCAAGAUUGAUGACAUGGAGCCUACAAUAUUCGAGGCACUCCUGUACUUCGUCUACACAGGUUCACUGCCAGACGAUUGGGAUGCAGAUAGUAGCAAUAAUGUGGCGAUGCUGCACUUGUUGGUUGCGGCCGAUCGAUAUGGACUAGACAGGUUAAGGAUGAUGUGUGAAGCAAAGCUGUGCCAGGAUAUUGAUGCUGAAACAGUUGCCACAACCCUAGUUUUAGCGGAGCAACACCACUGCACGCAGCUCAAAGAUGCUUGCCUUGGAUUUAUAGCUUCGCGUAACGUGCUUGGUGUCGUCUUGAAAACUGAUGGAUUCAAGCAUCUCCUCGCAAGCUGCCCUUCGAUCAUGACGGAGAUUUUGGACAAGGUAGCUGCUGUCUGGAGCGAGUAG